GAAUAAUUAUUUUUUAAAUUUCUCUUUUCUUGGGUCCAAUAGCAGUGCCAAAAAAAGGGAAAGCCUCCUCCUCCGCCGCCGCCGCCGGCCCCAAACCCAUGGCCCCGAAGCGCCGCAACCCGCCGCUCCCCGCCUCCUCCUCUUCCUCCUCUGAGGAAGACACCUCCUCCGGCGACGAAGAAGUGGAGCAGCACCCCGCCAAGAACCCUCCAGCCCCGGCGCCGGCGCCGGCGCACCAAGAAAGUGAAGGAUCCGACGAGGAGGAGGAGGACAGCGAUGAGGUUGGGUCGUCCGACGAGCUGUCGGAGAAUAGUGUGCCCAUCGAGCGUCAACCACCUCAAGGAGGGGAGGGCUCCGACGACGACGAGGAACAAAUGAAGCAGCGCCCCACCAAAAAAUCUCCAACUCCGGCGCCGGCGCGCCUAGAAAGCGACGGCUCCGAUGGCGACGGCGAGGACGAGGACAGCGAUGCCGUCGAAUCGUCCGACGACACUGGGGAGAAUGAGGUGCUCACCAAGCGUCUCCCUCAGCCGCCGCCGCCGCGAGGAAAUGAUGACCACGACGACGAAGAAGAGUCCGAGUCUGAGGGGAAUGUGCCAUCGCCCGAGCUCGCCGAGAAGUCCAAGCUGAAGAGGAAGGCGCCGGCGACCGAGCUCGCCGAGAAGUCCAAGCUGAAGAGGAAGGCGCCGGCGGCUGAGCUCGCCAAGUCGCCCCCGCCGAAGAGGAAGCCGGCGGCGGCCGAGCUCACCAAGUCGCCCCCGCCGAAGAAGGCUGCGGCUGCGGCAACCUCGGAGGUCACCAAGUCGCUCCCGCCUAAGAAGGCUGCAGCUGCGGCAACGACGGAGGUCGCCAAGUCGCCUGGGCCUAAGGGGCAGGCAGACGCGGCGAUGGAGGUCGAGUACAACGCGAAGAAGCACUUGGAGGAGAAGAGCGCGUUGUACUGGUACCUCUGGAAGGAGGUGCUGGCUCUGGAGGCAGAGCAUCCUGGCAUGUUAUUCAAGUGGGCCUUCCUCAAGAUGGCCGAUGCCAAGGCCAGCAGGUUGAACACCAAGAUCAAGAAGCAGAGGGUAGCUGAGAUCAAUCAGCAUUUACGGAGGAGGGACAUCCAGAAGGAGGUGACCAGGGUGCUGGUCAACUUGAUGAAGUGAUCGCAGGCUUGGAGCAAGCUGCAGAGUUGUGCGAUGUUUUGGUGUCGAAGAUGUCAGAAAGAUUGCACUUGGUUCUUUUGUGUGAUUAUGCCUCGGCGUUCUCUCAUUUUGGUCCAGGCUGGGCAUGCCUGAACAGCUGAAGUAAAGAUCUGAUGAUCUGGGUCUCGUAAGACUAGGCCUCUACUCUACCUCAUUUAUAUAGAUAGUAAUAGCGUAUAUUUUGCUGGACUCCCAAGGAAAGGGUUAUCUAGUGCUCAUGUAGAACUGAUGGCAGAUUAAGUGAUUCCUGUUACCUGCUAAUUCUGCUUUUUAAGGGACAUGAAUCAAAGCAUUCUGUGACUCGUGGAGACAUGGUUGCUUUUUUUUUUA